GACAACAGAGGAUUUAAACAUCGCCGAAAAUCUCUUUUUGAAAGUUACGCGGCGUUUUAAAGCUUACACAUAAUAUUUGAGACUCAUCCGAGUGAAAAUAACAUGUUAUUGGAACCGCUGGUAGGUAGAAAACCAACGCGUCGUCUGUUUGUUGUGACCCAACCGGAAGUGACCCGCUCGCCUUUUGUUCUUCUUCUCGGCUCCGCUGAAAUAGUCUAUUCAAAAUGGCAGCUGUGACGCCUGAAAUGUGAAAUUUGUUUUCGUUGUGCUGGCGAUUUGUGGUGGCGUUGUGUUAUGGCACGCAGUUAUUGAAAACGAUGAGACUGGAAGGGCUAGAUAAACGUAUGGAGCUCGUUUACCCCGAGUAUGUCUUCCUUCCGAGUGACUGCAGCCUCGACCUUCACCACCCAGCAACAGGGCUAGGUGACUUUGCUAUGGAUUGUUGGGCAGUCAAAAGACUGGUCAUCCCCGUCACCUUCCUCCGAAGGAUGCUAAUUGCCGCGGAGGAUUCUGCCGCCCUGUUGCUCCAGGGGCUUCAGGGGAUGGGUGCCCUCAUGGUGACGGAAGAGAUCGAGUUGGUCGACGUGACGGACCCAGGGGAGGGCCCAUUGUCACGUCGACCACUACCCACCUUGGAGUCAAGACCGGAACCAGGAUGCAUUUGUCAAGGAAUCCCACCAGCUGGUCAUCCCCGUCACCUUCCUCCGAAGGAUGCUAAUUGCCGCGGAGGAUUCUGCCGCCCUGUUGCUCCAGGGGCUUCAGGGGAUGGGUGCCCUCAUGGUGUCGGAAGAGAUCGAGUUGGUCGACGUGACGGACCCAGGGGAGGGCCCAUUGUCACGUCGACCACUACCCACCUUGGAGUCAAGACCGGAACCAGGAUGCAUUUGUCACGGAAUCCCACCAGGCAACCAGUAGCACAUUUGUUAUUACCUGCUUAACUAUAAUGCCAUUCCAGGAAAGAAGUUCCCUCCCUUCAAAUAAUGAAAAUAUUGCAAUGUUUGAGAUUUGAUCACCUAUUGUUAAGUCAUUUUGUUUUAUUAUUUUUAUCUUGUGCUGAGCGUGUGCCCUAGCCAUUUUGUAUUACUAAUGUUUUAAAGAUAAUUCCUGUAUUACUCUGUUGAGUUUUAUGAACUACUGCCUCCAAACGGUUUUGCUAAGCUUCCUCUUCCUAAUGUUCUGGAAUUAUGGCUAUUUUCUGUUAGCACCUCUGAGGUGACGUCAGUAAAAUUCUUUCAUGCAAAACGCCAACAAGUGUUUUUUAUGAUUAAAAAUUUAAAUGUAUUGUGGUUAGAGAGCUUGAAUCAGUACGAAUUAUUGUGCUGAAGCCUGUAUAAAAUUCUUAACAUUUUUACCUCCUGUUACAAGACCAUAUAAAUGAGGAAGAAAAUGUAUCUGGACAAUCAUUUUGUCUUUGCCUACCUUUCCAAUGUUCACCGUUAACUGUAAUAUCCGAAUCGUCUACUGUUCAAGAAUGUUGGGAGUAAUGUGUAAGAAAGUUCGAGACAUAAUUGUUAUAAUGAAGAUUUUUUGGAAUCAGAGAAAUCAGAAAAUCAGUUUUCUUGCCAUUCGAUCUCUCUAUCAUUUUGAAUGAUAGAAAAACUCUAUCAAAACUCGGAGUUCGCAAGUCUGAAAAUAAAAACAACUGAAGCGCCUGUUGACGUGAGGUUGGGCCAACCCGCAUGGCAGACCUGCGUGCGGGUUGCCUGCCCAGCAUCCUACAUCCCCUUCGGGGAGAAGCGUGGUCAAGGGUACGCGUCGGGAUUGGCUGGCGGGGUGACGUUGUCCAUGGAGGGAUAAAAUGGUGGCACGGUCCGUGCCGCUCGCAUUUCAACUCCCUCAUUUGUAAAUAGGGACAAAUAUAGCCUCGAACAGGGUUGAAGCUAUGCAUCAUGGAAAUGUGAAUCCUGUCCUUCACUACAACAGUGGUUGAGUUGUUUGUCUCUGGGAAGAUAUGUGGUGGCAUGUUGCUGUAACGUGCUGGCGAGCUGUGGCGUACGCAGUCUCACUGAUUUUGUCACUUUUUUUAUAA